UUGACAACGUAGAGGGCGCUGUGGCAUUUCAUUCCGGCUUGGUUUAGAAAUUCUUAAAUUUCUCAGUCAGCAAAUGGCGUCACAAGUGGAAGUGCAUGAUGGUUUUUUUCGCGUUUCAUGACUAAAACGAAGAGCGUGUUUUUCAAGUUGUGUUUUUUCCUAUUUCUCAGUGUUUAUCAUCAGUUCUACACAUGUGAGACAAUUGCGCUAAUCCUCCUUGAAUACUCAACAUGGAAUUCGUGGUAAAUCAUUCGCAAUUAAGUGAAUAAUCUGCAUUGUAAUUAUGAACGAGGAAGCGGACAUAAAACCGAUUGAGGAGCGCCCCGUGUGGCCGCCGCUGGAAGGGAACAGUCUCCAAGUGGCUUCACCCCAUCCACAUAUCCCUCUAACCCCACAGGGGACCCCCAUCAAUCAAGGCUUCGAGUGUGAACUUCCUUUCGAACUGGUGCAACAGGGAUGGAAGAAAUUUUGGUCCAAAAGGGAGAGUCGCCCGUAUUUUUGGAACAAAGUGACUGGGGAGAGUUUGUGGGAAAUGCCCCCAGUUGUCAAACCCCAGUUUGACUCCCUCUCAGACCCUUUAGGAAUUGCAGUGACUCCCCCUCAAACUCCCCAACCUGCACCGCAGACACCUUUACCUUUAGGUAAGAGGCGAGCCUCAGAAGACCUGCAAGGUCCCCAAGCAAAGAAAUUCAUCCUUGCUGGACCGUGGGACCUAGAAAUAAGCACUAAUGUGAUAAUUUUUGAAAGACCACCUUGCAUUUACAUGCAUUCACAUCCCGAAGUGGAGGCUUACAGAUGUGCAAUGCUGGCCAAGCUAAGACAAUGCUACCAGGAGCUGUGCCAUUCGAGGGAGGCGAUUGACGCACCGAAAGACUCUUUCAACAGAUGGCUCAUGGAAAGAAAAGUAAUUGAUACAGGAUACGACCCGCUAUUAUCCAGCAGCUGCUAUCCAGAGAUAUCUCUUUCCAUGUACAAGGAAAUCAUGAACGACAUCCCGAUCAAACUGGUACGGCCCAAAUUUACUGGCGAUGCUCGGAAACAGCUGUCUAGGUGGGCUGAAGCGGCGAAGACUAUCAUGGAAUCGAGAAACGCGGAAGCAGAAAGUCGAAAAGUGGUUAAGUGGAACGUGGACGAAACCUUUCAAUGGUUGAGAAAAACAGUUGGGGCGACUUAUGACGACUUUCAGGAUCGUCUGGCACAUUUGAAGCAACAAUGCCAACCACACCUCACUGAAACUGUUCGGACGUCGGUUGAGGGCAUUUGCCUGAAACUGUACAACCUGUCAUGCGACUAUGCCAAAAAAGUGCGAGAGAAAUCCAAUAGCAUCUUGAAAGAGCAUUCCAUGGAAUUACCGUCCCAACCAUUCACUUCACAGACGCUGCGAAAGGUCUGGUGCUAUCCGGUUCAGUUUGCGAUUGGUUGCCCCCGUUUACCAGUUGUAGAAUACCUGCCAGAUCGAGACCAAGCCAUGUUGCGCUACCAAAGCGAUACUCUCGCGAUUAACAGUUUGUACCUGCAGAAAUUGGAACACUUGUACAGACACAAUUGUUUCGACGACCGAAAAUUUGAACUGUUUAUUCCCCGGGUCUGGGUCAUGCUCAAGCGGUACGCUACGUUUCUGGGGGUCAACCCGACGCCAAACAACGCCAAUCCAGAUAUCCGAGACACUCAGCAGUCACUUCCUGUAACAGCGUUCGAGUGCCUCAACAAGACAUUUGGUGUUACAUUCGAAUGCUUUGCUUCCCCAUUAAAUUGCUACUUUCGCCAAUAUUGCUCUGCUUUUGCGGACUGCGACUCGUAUUUUGGAAGCAGAGGGCCCUUCUUGAACCUAAAAGCCUUGUCUGGGUCAUUUCAAGCCAAUCCACCUUACUGCGAGGAGCUGAUGGAAGCAGCUGUGAUUCACAUGGAAGGACUGCUGGACGACACUCUAGAACCGUUAAGUUUUAUUGUGUUGGUUCCCGAUUAUCGGGAACCCACGCCGGCAGCACUGGUGCGUCUGGAAUCCAGUCAGUUCAAGCGGAAACAGGUCACAAUUCCCGCGUACGAGCACGAGUUUAGGCACGGGUUCCAGCACGUUCUAAACAG